GUUUGCUGUGCCCUUAGCAGGACAGCAUUCAGUACGGGGCGUGGGCCCUCUUUCGCUUCAGAGAAGUCACAGGUCCCACACGCAGUGAGCGCUACCGGCGAGCGUUCUCACAGCGGUGAAGGGAAAAUGGGAGUUGUAAAAGAGAAAUCCGAGACCAGUAUAAUUAUGGACGAAGACGAGUUCAACAGAUCCAUAGAACCAAUUCUGUCGAAAAAAGAGAAAAUCUACUUUGCUCCACCGGACAGGGACCCACAUUGUAUUAACGCGCAUUUAAAGGUCAGCUUUGACGAUGUCAUCGCGGAGCCCAGCUCUGCGCAAAGCUUUGACAAAAUCUGGAUAGGAAGUCACGCAGUGUUUGAAUUGACGAAAUAUGUAUUUUACAAAACACUGACCGCAGUCUUCGCCAUCCCGAUGGCCAUCGUCGCCGGGAUUUUCUUUGGGGUCCUGAGCUGUAUUCACAUUUGGGUGGUGAUGCCUUUGGUCCAGGGCUACAUGGUGGUCUUGCCCUCGGUCCAAGUGGUGUGGAGGAGCCUUAUGGACACCUUUGUGGCUCCACUCUUUCUCAGCAUGGGCAGGUGCAUGUCCUCUGUCCAGCUGAAAACCACACAGAACUGAGGCCUACAGUAACUCUUCUGCCAAGAUGAUCAUUUGGGGACAGAAUAAAGUAUGGCAUUGGCAGUUAUAUAUACUUAAGGUCCUUUUAAAAAGCCAUAUAAACAAUUCUGACUGAAGGUGUUGGGAAUCCAAUUAGAAGCUUUUUCUGAAGCCAUAGACUCAUUUUAGAAAACAUUUACACAUGGCCUACCUAUUACCAAUGUAUCAGAAUGCUUGGAGCAACUGUAUUUAACAGGGUACUACAAAAUAUUUGGAAGACAUUCCAUGUUCUCAUUUUGGGAAUUUAAUCUUAUCUGGAUGGAGGGUGAAUAUGAAUCUGUCUUUUCAGAGUUUGUGCAGACUUUUUGAAGAGCAUGUAUUGUGGAUACAGUGCACAAAGCAAAUACAAUUUGCUGUCUCAACCAAAAUGUUUAUGUCCUUUGAUAAUUAUUUAUGCUUAAAGAAUAUGUCAAAUGUAUUUGUACUAGACAAGAGCAGCAGUGUUCUAGAUGUGUGGAUGUUAAUAUAAAAAGAACUUAAGAGUAAGAAUUUGAAAUGUAAUAUGUGUAUAUGGGUUUAGUAAAGCUUUAUAUAUAUAUAUAUAUAUAUAUAUAUAUAGUGUAUAUUACAACUUUUGAAUCAAUACAACUAAUGCAUACUUUCACAAGUAGAAUUUCCUUUGGUUCAAAUAUUUUGCUACUGUUCAUGCUGAUCUCAAUAUCUAUUUGAAAUCUUUUAAAUAAA